AUGGGUUCUUCAUCAGGUUUUAAGCUGCUGAUUCUCUUAGCCCUCUUCACCAUAUCAUGCAUGGCACAAGCUCCAGCAGGCGCACCAAAGGUCUCACCCACCGCCACCCCAACACCAGCACCCUCUGUGGCGACACCGACUCCGGCACCAUCUCCGUCGUCUCCUUCUCCAGUUCCGGCCCCAGUUCAAACUCCAACUCCAUCACCUUCCCCAGGAACUGAAACUGAAACCCCAUCCCCUGCACCAGGCGUAAUUGCACCAACCCCAUCGGGUCCCACGGCAGGCCCAACUGCUGAUCAGACGCCGUCAGAUGGUUCAAAUGACGGGUGGGUCAACAGGGCAGAGAUCGGCGGCACCGCCUUUGCUGUGACACUCGUCGCGUUGGCGUUGAUAUAG